GAGCUUCGGGCAGAAUCAUAAAGCAAAAAUCCUGUUCAUAGUGGCGUACAGAUUUUAAAAAAAGAAAAGGAAAUAGAGAAGAGUGAAAUAUGAUAUCAUUUUCUGGAUAUUAUGUCAAAAUCUAUCACAAAAUUUUUGCUCGUUCGCUUCGCUCGCUCGCAACAUUAAAAUAAAAAUCUGCCCAAUACGCCAUAUCUGGCCCCCUCAAAAAUUUUGCCUAAUUACACCACUGCCUGUUCAUACCAUGAUAUGACCGGGAAAUCUUUGGCCCCUGCCUAUAGCGCCUAUUGACGAAAGCUGGGUUCGCCCCGGCCUGAUAUGGGCUAAUCUCCAUCCUUGCGGAUGGUUUAGAAAAAAACAUCAAUACAUCCUUGGUUCAAUAACCACGCCAUUGAUUAAAGUGAGGGUAUAUAAGGUUCCACUUCUAGUGAAAUUUCAUCAGAACAAAUCUAACCUUGCUAGUAGGUCCAUGGUUAGAUCUGGUCUAUGGUUAGAACGAGCUUAAACAGCUGCUGCUAUUAUCGUCACUCGAAGCUCAGCAGCAACCACCAAGCAUGCAGCCAGAACUUGAGAACCAAACUACAGGAGAGGGUGAAGACUGUGGCACUCAGGUUAAUGUCAUCAAUCGUAUGGCUGCACUCCCUGUUGUCAGUUCAACCUUGUCCCAAGUGACCAAUGCUUACAACUGGAGUAAGGACAAGAAUAGUCUGGUCAAGUAUACUCUGGAGAUGGCCGAAAGUACUGUAGCCAUGGCUGCUAGCACUGCCCAGCCGGUGGUCAAUAGACUUGAAGGACCAAUUUCUGCUGUUAAUGAAUAUGCUAACCAGCAGAUGGAUAAACUUGAAGAGAAGGUCCCAGUCAUCACUGAAUCACCAGAGAGGAUGAUGAUGAAUCUCCAGGAUGGCACUAAGAAGAUGAUUGAAAAUACAAAGAAAGCUAGUUCAGAUAGAAUCAAUAACCUUCUACUUACCAGACUAGGGAAGGCACUGACCACUGGUGUGGACAUUGCUCUUCUGCUUUCUGAGUUUGCUGUGGACUACUACCUUCCUGAAGAAAACACCGCUAAUAACGGUGAGGUGCAGGUCCCACACCAAGCUUUAGCUGCUGCUGGAGUUGAACUUGAAGACCAUAUCCCUGAGGAUAAGCCCCUUGUGGCGACUGUCCAGCGAGCAAGCCGUGUGUCCAACAAGGUCAGACGUCGUGUUCUUAGCAAGGCCAUGCGUAAUAUCCGUUAUGCUCAAAAGCGUAGUCAGGAGACGCUUGAGAAACUGUACUUUACUGUAGACUUGAAUAAAGAACAGAAGACCUUGGCCAUUGUUCAUAAUCUUGCUGGUCGUCUACAAGUCUUGAGUGGUAAUAUUGCAGGCUGUGUUCUUCUUUUUCCCAAGAGUCUACGUACUAAGGUAGAGGAAGGUCGUGAGCUUGCUGAUGCCCUUUAUAACUCACUGGAAGAGGUGCAGAUGAUUCGUGAUAUACCAAUCAAUGUCUUUGUCACUGCUAAACUGCAAUUGAACAAGAUGUCUGAUAUCUCCAUGUCUUUUGCUUAUUUCUUGGUAUCUUUGAGGCCUAUUCAGUGGAUGCUAUCAGACAGAGAAUCAAACAGGCGCUACGAAAAUCCACCUGAUGACGAAGAUUCUAAAAACCAUAACGGAGCAGUUGGGAAUGACGAUCAACGUCCAUGUCAAACUAGUAACACCUUGAGUGAUAAUAAAGUCAAGGAUGGUGAUAUCCACUCUGACAUCGACGGUGAUCUCAAUGAUACUAUUGAUAAGGAUGUUGUUGAUGGAGACUUUGACAGAGGCAAAAGAGAUGAUCACGAGUCUUCAAUCGGAUCACCGCUAUCAGACGGAGAAUCAAGCAAGUGCUACGAGCAUCCACCUGAUGACGAAGAUUCUAAAAGCCAUCACGGAGCAAUUGGGGAUGACGAUCGACGACCAAGUCAAACCAGUAGCACCUCGAGUAAUGUAAAGAAUGGUGAUAUCCUCUCUGACAUCGACGGUGAUCUCAAUGAUACUAUUGAUAAGGAGGUUGUUGGCGAUGUUGAUGGAGACUUUGACCGAGGCAAAAUAGAUGAUCACGAGCCUUCGAACGGAUCAACGGUUGGUUCUACGAAUCAACCGAAUAGAAAAAGUUCUAAGAAAAAAGCGGGAGUGAAAAAUAUUUUCAAAAAGAAAAAAAGAUAAAGAAGAACAAAGUAUGCAAGCACAAUUUUGGGGGUGGCCCGUCAUUUUUUUUCUAAACAAAAAUGCCCACCUCAAUUUUCUUCGUUGCUUGCUCAAAAUCCCUUUUCAUACUAUCCUUUUUUAUUUUAUGGAAUGGCGACAUGGAGGUCCAUGAUGGGAAUUAUACAAACUGCUUGAGAUAACGAGAUCCGUUAUGUUAGUAGUCAGUUUUGAGGAAAAUAACAAGCCUAUUCUUGUAAAAAAUUAUUGUGCUAGUCAAAAUCAACUAGAAGAACUAAGUAUAGAAGAUUCUGAUAUGCCUGUAACGCAAUUUAAUACACGUAUUUGAGGAAACUUGUACCCAACAGGGCCUUUCUUGAAGGCCUCUCAUUUCAUUUCUUAUUUUUAUGUAUGUGUAUAUAGGCAAAAUGAUGUAUGUAUCCUGUAUGUUAAUAACAUUCUUAUAUAGCGCUUAUCACUGCCAAAUGCGUCCCUAUGAGCUCUUUGAAGAAGGCAGAAAAAGCAAAGAAAUGAGAGAAAUUUGCUGUCAAUCGUGGCACUAACUCAUUUAAAUUUUUUUUUAAAUAAGUAUGUUUUCAGAGUUCUUUACAUAAUGAUGGGGAGGUAUUCCAAAGUGAAGGAGCAGCAUGGGCAAAGGUGCGCUCUCCAUACUUUGUAAAUAUCUUUUUUAUUGAAGUAAAAUAUGGAGUCAAUCAAUCAACCAAUAAAAAUAGAUGAAUAGUCGCAUUAUUAGCUGACCCUGGCCUUUCAUUUAUAGUAAAUUAAAUAGUUUGUAAAUAACAGUGUGCAGUCAUUUUUCAGUACGAUCUCAUUUUGGAUGUUCCUGAAGCAAGCUUCAUGUUAAGGUGUUCCUCUGUCCUUUGUCUGUGCUGUUUUUCAAUCCCCUGCAUGGAUUGAGAGAUCAAAACGAUUCUUUAGACUAAAAAAAAUCAUCAGAUAUAUUUUUUUAAUUAAAACCUUGCCACAGCCACAUUCUGCAUGUCCAUAAAAUUAUUUUUUGAAAAAAAUGUUAUUUUGCUUUCAUGUAAUGUCGAGAAAAAAAAAAUCAUAAACCGGAGCAAUUUUUUACUUUUAAAUCUAUUCAAAUUUUAAUUCCUCACUAUCUUGAUUAAUGGAUCUAUUAUAAUGCCUAUUUACAUGCAAAUGCUGAUAUUAAAGGAGAAUGAAACAUUUAGAAGAAGAAAGCUUGUGUGAAGACAGAAAAAUCAAAGAAACAGAUCAACGAAAGUUUGAGAAAAAUCGGGCAAAUAAUGAGAAAAUUAAGAGCAUUUGAAUAUUGCGAUCACUAAUGCUAUAGAGAUCCUCAAAUUGGCAAUGCGACAAAGAUGUGUGAUGUCACUUGUGAACAACUCUCCCCAUUACUUAAGUAUAUAUUUCACUUAAUUUGCCUCUUUUAUCACAUCUAUCAGUAGAUCAUGUGUUCUUUCUAUAGGAGGGCAUGUAAUACAGACUUUUAAAGAAUACAUCAUGGAUAAAGAGUUUGUAUCAACAUAAGAAAAAGCAAAAAGAUACAUUUUGAGGGUAUUUUAUAGUCCAUCAAAGGGAAAGUUGUUCACAUGUACUGUGACAUCACACAUCCUUGUCGCAUUGCCAAUGGGAGGAUCUCCAUAGCAUUAGUGAUUGCAAUAUUCAAAUACUCAUAACUUUCUCAUUAUUUGUCCGAUUUUUCUCAAACUUUCUUUGUUCUUAUUCUUUGAUUUUUCUGUUUCGACAAAAGCCUACUUGUUCUAAAGGUUGCAUUCCCCUUUAAUGAAAGUUCAGAUCCAUACUAAUUACAAAAAAAUAAAAUAUAUGAAAUUUAUGUGGCUCCAUUUUGAUUAAAUGCUCAGUAUUCUUCAAGAUGUAACACAUUAAAUAUAGAGGAUAUGAUGAUUACUGAUUUGUGUAAGUCCUAUAACAUGACUGGCUACUCUCCAGCCUCUACCAUUCCCAUGCCACGUAUCCAAACUAAUUGAAGACCCGGGCCAGAUUGCAUAAAAGCUACCAUUUAAAACUUUUCCAUCCAGUGGUAUAACUUGUAUGGAAUCUUUGAUUUUGAUUGGUUGGUGAUCUUCCUCUUCUCAUUCCUUCUCUUUUCUCUCUCUUCUCUUUCUUACUUACUUUCUUUCUAGCUAUCUGAAUUUACAAUUUUGUGGUAGGAAUCAUCCAUAUAAUUAUUUUGUCUGUGCUCAUUAGAUUGAUAUAAAAUACAUUAUAUUACAAUUGAGAAGUUAAUGUUAUAUUUCGUUUUUCAAAUACCAGAACUUUGUUAUUUCUUGACCAUUUUCUGUAAUUGAGGUAUCAAAUUAAAGAGCAGAUAUUGAACUUUUAAGACAUGUGAUUUUCUUUUUGAAAUUCAGAUACCCCCCGCCAAAUGAGUUUUUGGUAUCCUUUCUUCAAAUUGUUUUUGCUCGCUCAUGCGUGAAUGAGGAAUAAUCUAAGUAAUAUCAGAUGAAAGAGGAGAUUCUAAAAUUUACAUUGGUAGGUCAUUUGUCUAUUGUAUUUGUGAUUAAGUUAUGAUAAAUCAUCGCUAAAUCUCGGUUUCGUUUUUUCUGGGACGCACUGUAUAUAGGGGCUAUAUGGCUGAUCAUUUCGCAUGCUCAUUUUUAAGAUAUGUUUGUAUUAUGUAAUGUACCUGUUACUUAUGCCGAUACUGUACUUUAUACUACUGUCCUGCAUUGACAGUGAUGAGUCAUGAUAUGGGCUUAUCUUAAUCUUUAUUAUGUAUAUUUAUGCACUUUGUAAACUACUUUCCUUUACUGUGAUUCCAAUAAAGUGAUAUCAAAUCAA